GUUCUUUCAUCCUGCAGAAGAAGAAGAAGCAGCAGCAGCAGCAGAAGAAGAAGAGGCUUCUCCUCCGUCACAACUUUCCGUCUGAACCCCGAGCCGCCGCUGCGGAGCCGCUUCGGUCGGGCGAUGGCGAGGCCGAGCCACAGCGAUCACGUCCUCCAGCAGCUCAACAACCAGCGGGAGUGGGGCUUCCUGUGCGACUGCCUCAUCGCCAUCGGUGAUAUCUACUUCAGGGCCCACAAGGCUGUGCUGGCGGCCUGCAGCUCCUAUUUCAGGAUGAUGUUCAUCAGAGACCAGCAGGGGGCGGGGCGCCUCGACCUCAGCAACAUGCAGAUCAGCGCCGAGUGCUUCGACCUCAUCCUGCAGCUCAUGUACCUCGGCCGCAUCGUGGUGGGGAGCUAUGAGUUCGAGGAGCUCAAGGCCUCCAUGGUGUAUCUGCAGAUGUACUACAUCCCCGACUCGCUGGAGGACCUCAGGGACAUCAGGAGCUCCAACCUCACGCCGUCCUCCUCAGCCUCUUCCUCAUCUAGCUCCUCUUCCUCUACUGGUCCCGCUGGCGGAAAGAUGAUGUUCGGAGUCCGCAUGUACGAGCAGCAGAAGCCCGCCGUCCCGGAGGUGGAACGCCUGCCGAAAGCUGUAAACAGCAGCGUUGCACGCCCGGCCGUCCCAGCGUCUGUCAGCGUCAGCAGGCCGGUGGUUGAGGAGGUUGUGAGCGCACCUUUGUUAGUGGUGCCGCCAGUUGUGGACGGUGUAGCCGAGCAACCGUGUGACUUAAGAAAGAGAUCAGGUGGUAGGAGCUCAACCCUCAAAGACCGUCCACGCUUCGGCCGGACGUACACCUGCGAUGACUGCGGCUUCGUCUUCAGCUGUGAGAAGCUGCUGAUCGAGCACAUCCUGACCUGCACUAACAGGAAGGCUUACCAACCGCUGAAAGCCAAUGCCGAAGGCGACAACGACUCCAGCAAAGCAGAGAGCUCCACCUCCGAGAGCGCAGAGGAACACAGGGCCAUCUGCAAAGGAGAGGACGACUGGCCUGAGGCCAAGUUGGACUCUGACCUAAUUGUCAGGUCGGCAGCGGCGGGAGACGGUGAAUCUGGGUCAACAAGAAGCAUCCCCAUCAAGACAGAACCAGAGGAGACGAUGUUCCCAGAGAUUGAGGUUGUGCGAGUCGGCGAGCACAGCGCCAGAGACUGCAGCACGAGCUUCGGUGAUGCCACACUUAAAGACUCACUGAGGGAGAAGACCGGAUUGACCCGCGAGCCGGAGCCUGGAGUCUCGGCCAUGGAGGACAGCAGUGAGACUUUUGAAGGCCACGUGUCAGGUGGAGAGGAUCCAGGGAUACCAGCAAAACUCCGCAAGGUCAAAGAGGAGAAGCAGGAAGCUGACUCCACCCCUUGUGAAUUGUGUGGCGCUCUGCUAACAGAGGAGGACAAGUCCGCCCACUAUCUGUCCAACCACAUGGGCCAUAUUUGUGCAUGUGGAAGAUGUGGCCAAGUGCUCAUUAAGGGCCGCCAGCUUCAAGAGCACGCAGAGCGCUGCGGUGAAUCUCAUGGCGGUGAGUCCGACUCCCAUGGUGAGGACGACGCCUCGCUGCUGGAGGAGCCUCAGGGCAUGGAGGAGGGCCUGCUGGAGGGGGCGGACCUGGCCUGUCCGCACUGCGGCCUGCUGUUCCAGAGUGAGAGCCUGGCGUUGGAGCACGCCCUGGCCUGCCACGACCAGGAGCUUUUCCGGCCGGUGCUGCUCGAGGAAGGUGGCGAACCGGAUCAUCGGCGGAAGCAUUUCUGCAGCAUCUGUGGCAAAGGCUUCUACCAACGCUGCCACCUGCGGGAGCACUACACCGUCCACACCAAGGAGAAGCAGUUCACCUGCCAGACCUGUGGGAAGCAGUUCCUGCGGGAGCGUCAGCUCAGGCUCCACACCGACAUGCACAAAGGCAUGGCGCGCUACGUCUGCCCAGUCUGCGACCAGGGAACCUUCCUCAAACAUGACCAUGUGCGACACAUGAUCUCCCACCUGUCAGCCGGAGAAACCAUCUGCCAGGUCUGCUUCCAGAUCUUCCCAGGCGGAGAUCAGCUGGAGAAACACAUGGAUGUCCACCUGUACAUCUGUGGCGUCUGCGGAGAGAAGUUCCGCCUCCGGAAAGACAUGAGGAGCCACUAUAACUCCAAGCACACCAAGAGACUAUAGGAGGCAGGACACGUUAACCUCCUGCCAGCGUUUAUAUUAGUUUGUUACUAAAAGAAAGCCAUAAAUGUGAGAACAAAUGUAUGCACUUGAACACCAAAAAGACAACCUUUUAAAUCUGCACUUUUGAAGUAUAUGCAUAAACUAUCAGGGCGUUCACACUGCGAGCAGCUCAGUUCAUGUGUUAGCUUAUUGUAACUCGUAGUGGGCGGGGCUAGAGGCUCAGACUGCACCACAUGCCGUUCCAGGCUUCAAACAGGUCAAUCAUGUAGUUUUUGGUUCUCUGCUCUCUCACAAUGUUACAUGGGUUUAACAAGUUUAAAUAGCGAUCUGGCCAGUGGUAAUUAGUGAGCACUAUUUGACUAAUAUAAAUUGACCGGCAGAGUUGGAAGCACUGUUUGAAAAUUGGUUGCAGCCAUGUUUUAGGUAUUGUUUUUGAGGUGUUUAACCCUGUCGUCUUUCGGAGAAGUGGAAAGCUGACUUCUCCCCAGGCGACAGUAGAAAUGGGAGCCCGGUGCCCAGCUCUGCAGGAGAUGCCUGGACGUCGGGCGGCUGGUCGGUGGUGUUGCUCGCAGUGUGAUCGCCGGCUACGUGUGAGUCAACAUUGCAGAGGGCUGCGGUGCCUCAAGCUUUGGGUAAACAUCUCCUAUCUUUGCUCUUAAAGCUCCAUCCCACUGAUUCUGAAUGUUUAGUCCGUUCACUACAACUCCCCCAUUUGUCAAAUCAUUUACUGACAUAAUCAAAAUGUGAAUAUUUGGUUGAAGCAGCCGCCUUAUAAUGUUCUGCUUCUGCGGCGAACAAAAGUCUUCAGCCUCAAAGUCCUAAUGUUUGAGGUUUUGUUCCCUCCUGCGAUCGAGCAUGAGCGAGUUCAGAGGGCAGCGCUGCGUUUCAUGACUUUCAAUGUGUGGGAAAGCAGACGAAUUAGUUCACCACAGUUUUUACAGCCACUUUGAUUAGAAACCAUCAGAUUCCCAGCGUCAUGGUUUAGUGUGGGCGUCUUCAUGUCCCUGAUGCUGUCUGUCCUCUGGGUCACUGGCAGCUCAGCUCGUCACUUUGAUGGAAAAUGACCGUAAAAAAAGGUCCUGAAAAGCCAACAGUGCUGCUGCUUUUAGGAAAACUCAUGUGGAGGACUUUAUUGGGCUGAUGGAAAACUGGAGUGAAGAAAGUGUGAAGGCUCCGAAAGUUCAUGUUCAUAU